AUGUAUGUUACGACCAUUGAAGAAGAUACUAAGGAAGGAUAUCCUUGGAAACUAAAUUUUGACGGAGCGUCAAACGUUAUAGGUAAUGGAAUCAGGGCAGUCUUGGUACCCCCAAACGGAAAUCAUUAUCCCUUUACUAGUAAAUUGGAUUUUGAUUAUACAAACAAUAUACCGGAAUACGAAGCAUGCAUCAUGGGUAUUCGUACAGCCAUAGAACGUAAUAUCAAAGUACUAGAGGUAUAUGAGGAUUCUGCACCAGUGAUCUAUCAACUCAAAGGUGAAUGGGAGACGAGAGACCCCAAAUUGAUCAAUUAUCGAAGGCUAGUUCUUGAGCUAAUUGAAGAGUUUGAUAACAUCACCUUCUACUACCUCCUGCGAAAUAAAAAUCAAAUGGCUGAUGCCCUGGCUACAUUAGCUUCCAUGGUCAAAGUGAACAAAAAAGAGGAUGUAAAACUUAUCCAAAUGAGCAUUUAUGAGACUCCGGCUCAUUGUUACAACAUCAAAGAAGAAGAAGAAAAUAAUGAUCACCCUUAG